AUUGUGACUGAGUGUCGGAUUAACCAGCAGCAGCAGCCUCUUCUCCUCUAAUCAUCCUCUCAUCUUCUUCUCUUUUUCUAUUCUUCUUCUAUUCUUUUUAUCCUCUCAUCCUCCUCUCAUCCUCCUCUCUCUCUCCUCAUCCUCUCAUCCUCCUCUCAUCCUCUCAUCCUCUCUUCCUCUCCUCCUCGGUGAUGCGUCCUCCCACUCCGGAUCUCUGAUCCUCCAUCAUCUUCUUCUGCUGCUGCUUGUGCGGUCCGGUUCCAGGUCCGGUUCCAGGUCCGGUUCCAGGUCCGGUUGCAGGGAUGCCGGUUCUGGUUUCUCCGGUCUGAGCCGUCAGAGAACUGGUGUGAAGGUAGAUCCAGUCCAGUCCCAGGACCUGAACCAGGACCUGAACCAGGACCUGAACCAGGACCUGAACCAGGACCUGAACCAGGACCUGAACCAGGACCUGAACCCAGGACCCCCCAGGACUCCCCAGGACCCCCCAGUCCCCCUCAGCUCCACCAGGUCUGGACCGACCCCCCCCAGGACCUGGACCUUCAUGCGUCUCCCAGAAUCCUCCUCCUCCACCUCCACCUCCACCAUGAGCUGUGAGCAGGAGUUUGGAGACGGGGCCGCCGGCGUCACGCUAACGCUGCGCCUCCUCAUGCACGGAAAGGAAGUUGGAAGCAUCAUUGGGAAGAAAGGAGAAACUGUGAAGAGAAUACGAGAAGAGAGCAGCGCCAGGAUCAACAUCUCGGAGGGUUCCUGUCCAGAGAGAAUCAUCACCAUCACCGGACCGACAGACUGCUGCUUCAGAGCCUUCACCAUGAUCACACUGAAGAUGGAGGAGGACCUGGCAGCGUUGCUAGCCAACGGCACGGUGACCAGCAAGCCGCCCGUCACCCUGCGGCUCGUCAUCCCUGCUAGCCAGUGCGGCUCGCUGAUCGGCAAAGGAGGAUCCAAGAUCAAGGAGAUCCGGGAGUCUACAGGUGCUCAGGUCCAGGUAGCGGGUGAUCUCCUCCCCAACUCCACGGAGAGAGAGGUGACGAUCUCCGGCGGCCAGGACUCCGUCAUCCAGUGUGUGAGGAACAUCUGCACCGUCAUCCUGGAGUCUCCACCGAAGGGAGCAACCAUCCCGUACCGGCCCGGACCGAGUCCAGGGACGGUGAUGCUGGCAGGAAACCAGGUUUUCGAGGCGUCGGACUUCGGCUCCCAUCAUCCUCUGUUCUCGGUGUCUCAGGGAGGAGUGGACCUGCACCAGACGUACGCCGUCCAGAGCCACUACGGAAUCCACCAUUCAGAGAUGGCGAAGCUGCACCAGCUAACGAUGCACCAGCAGGGCCUGAACGCCAUCAGCCAAUCAGCAGCGCCGGUUCUACCGGUGGACGCCGGUUCCCAAACGUCUCAGGAGCUUCUCAUCCCCAACGAUCUCAUUGGCUCGAUCAUCGGCCGCCAGGGCAGCAAGAUAAACGAGAUCCGGCAGGUUUCUGGGGCCCAGAUCAAGAUCGGCAGCCAGAUGGAAAACAGCAGUGACCGGCACGUAGCCAUCACCGGCUCGCCGCUAGCCAUCAACCUGGCCCAGUACCUGAUCACUUCCUGCCUAGAGACGGCCAAAUCCACGUCCCAGUCGUCCUCCAUGCCGCCCCCCGUUGACCCGACCAUGAGCUUCACCCCCCCUGCCUCGUCCUCCUCCUCCUCCCCCCUGGGGUGCCCACCCAUGGGUGCUCCCAUGGGUGCCCCUCACCCCCACGCUCCGGCCCUGGGUGCCCCCUACGCCCUCCCCCUGUCCAGCCUGCUGGGGGUCAAAUCCCUCCCCUACCUGACCCUGACCUCCAUGUCCACCAUGUCCUCCACCCCCCCCGCCGCGCCGGGGCUCCAGGGCUCGGGGCUCCAGGGCUCGGGGCUCCAGGGUCCGGGGCUCCAGAGCUCGGGGCUCCAGGCUCCGGGGCUCCAGGGCUCGGGGCCCAACGCCGUAGCCGCGGCGGCUGCGCUAGCCUCCUACACGGCCAAGAUCUCCUCCUCCGCCAACGGGAUGAAGAAGCCGGAGAGGCAGAAGUUCUCGCCGUAUUAGUGGAGGAAAGGAAACGCCUCGGAGCUCGUCCUCCCCAGAGUCCGGACCGGCACCGUCGUCGUAGCGACCGCUAACUGAGGUUCUUUGGGCCAAUCAAAGCCUGUAAAAGCCAUAGACUCCGCCCCCUCGUCUGUGCCCCGCCCCCUCUUAUACUCGUAUAUUUAUUAAUUAUUAAUCCAGAAUAUCCUCUCAGAGUUUCUAGCACUGUUCACUGAGCUGCGGCUUUUCUGUAGCCGACCUGCAAACGACUGCUUCCUGUCUGCUCCAUUCCUUCCUUUUAUAUGAAUUUACUUUAUUUAUUUUGUGUAAAAAAUGAUUUAAACACACAAAUUUUAUCUUUUAUUAACUGUGAUUUUUUUCAAAAUACCCAUUUGAGAUGUUAUUGUUUGGAUUAUUUUUAACUUAUGAAUGAGGGUAUUAAUAUGCAGUUUUUAAGACUUUUGUUUCCAAAGUGACUGCGGGUAAACACUGUAAAAAAAACGACUACUAUUUUAGUUUAAUUUGUUGGUUUUUGUGAACAAAUUUAUUUUUUUCUUUUUGGAAAAAAGAUUCACUGUAGCCUUUUAUGCUAAUAGGUUGUUUUUGUAAGUGUAGACUUUUCACUCGUGAGUUCAUGACACCACGCUGACCCGGGACAGUCCGACCGUUAGCCCGGCCCGGAUCAGGCUAACGGUCCGACCUGGGACGGGCUAACGGUCCGACCCGGGUCAGGCUAACGGUCCGACCCGGAUUGGUCAACACACCUUCAGUAGCUGCAGACGUAUUGACUCAUGUACGGGUGGUUUAUGCUUCUGUGCAGCUCCAUGCUGUUAUAUUGGGAGGUGGGGGGGCGCUAACCCUUAGGCUAACCCUUAGGCUAACCCUAACCAACCAAUAGGUGGUCAAGAUGGUGAUCGGGAGAUACCUGGUGAUUGAUCUGACGGAUCAUGUCUCUACAUAGAAACCUGACCGGACCGGCACCGUCGUCAUAGCGACCGCUAACUGAGGUUCUUUGGGCCAAUCAAAGCCUGUAAAAGCCAUAGACUCCGCCCCCUCGUCUGUGCCCCGCUCCCUCUUAUACUCGUAUAUUUAUUAAUUAUUAAUCCAGAAUAUGCAUAUAUACAUAGAAACCUGAUAAACUCAUCUCAAUAGUCUGGAGACGAUCAAGACUAAACUCCCCCGACUAGCAAAAUAUGAGUGAAUCAACGUUGAGAUAUAGGCAGAAAUAUUGAAACCAUGUUGAAUCCAUCUUGAAACCUGGUCCGCGAGUAGAGAGAGUAGAGGCUCCAAUCUGGCCACCGAAUCAGAGUAAAAGAAAAUAAUAAUGACAGCCGUCGCAGCCGCCGACGUUGAACCACCUGCAUGCUAACCCUAACCCUUAACCCUAACUAACCCUAACUCAGAGAUACCACACCACACACCACUGACAAAGUACUUUAGUGCAUACGGAUCUCAACUGGAUGUACGAUGGAGAGUGCAACACUACCUUCUGCAAUCUCUGGAACCGCUAACGAGCGUAGGAGGCAGAAGCGUAUUGGUUCCCCUCAGGGGGCCGCAAUCACCCAACUAACCUUAACCCUAACUACCCCUAACCAACGCCAACCCUAACUCCUUAACCUAACCCCAGCUACUCCUAACUACCCCAAACCCUAACUAACCCUAACCAACACCAACCUUAACCCCUUAACCUAACUCCAGAUACUCCUAACUACCCCUAAUCCUAACUAACCUUAACCCUAACUAACUCUAACCCCUUAACUCCAACUAACCCGAACCCCUAACUAACCUUAACUAACCCUAACUAACUCUAACCCAGUGCUGCACCAUCUCCACCUUCGCAGCCUCUUCAAAAAUGCAGCAGAGACACAAAUAAUCAUGAUUAUCUGCCCGUCUACGUCUUCGAUCGAUUCCUGUAAACUCUGAACCUCAAAAAGAAAGUAAAGAACUUCUGGCUACAGCGCCGCAGAAACCCCCCCAGUGUUCGAUGAAGGAACUACAGCAUAAACGCUGCGUAGAAGCAUAAACCCCACCGUCUCCCGGGGGACACGUCUGUCCGAGUCCGUCCCACUUCACGGUUCCAGCUUCCACAGAACCAGAACCAGGAUCAGGGUAGAACCACGUAGCAGACCGGCACUCUGUCCCACCGCUAGCUAGAACGAUGAACCGGCACUCGGUCUCACUGCUAGCUAGAACGAUGAACUGGUCACGCAUUU